AUGACAGUAGCCGACAUAGAACAAAUAAUUGGGAUACUACCUAUUUACAAGUUUUAUAAAAAUACUAAUGGAGAGAUUUCUAUAAAUUUUGCAAAUAUAGCUCCAAAUAAUGACACCAAAGUCAGAAUUGAGAUGUUCACUCAAGAAAUGAAUAAAUGGAUACUAGCUAAUCAAAAUGUAUUAGACUUACCAAGUACUGAAUUAAAUGAAGUAAUAAUACGGAACAAUAGUACUCAACACUCACCAAAUAAAAUAACAAAACCAAGAUCGAAUUCAUCAUCACCUACAAAAAAUAAAUUCAAAGAUUUAAAAAACGAUAAAUCAAAAUUUAUAUAUAAGGAGAAAACUGAAAAAUUUGAAAGCAACAAGGGACUUUCAUUACUAGAAAGAAUCAAACAAAAAGAGAAAUUGAAAAACGAGGAAAACGAGCAAUUAACAAAACAGAAAAAAUACGAAAAUUAUCUUAUUGGUAAGAUCAAGAUCAUAUACGAUAUAAUAUAUCAAGUCUAUAAGAUACAUACUUUAGAUAAAGAAAUCAAUUUAUUAUCGAUAUCAACUACUCAAUUAAUCUCGACUAUAAAGAAUUCCUUACAUUUGCCAAUGAGCGAUCAUGAGAUUUCAGAUAUUUUGAAUUUACUUGAAAAAAAUUUACUUGGAAAGUUUAACAUGUUGGAAAGAAAUGAGGUCAAGAUAAUAAAAAUUCAAAAUCUAAAUCGUGAAAAUGAUUUGAAUGUUUUUGAGAAAUUAGCAUCUCAAGAAAAUUCAAAUUUAAAAAGUACUCAAUAA